AUGGGACGCCACGAGACUAACAACACUCGCAACUACCAGGGCUCCCGCCUCCAAGUCGUCACCGCGGGCGCCGCGGCCGGCCUCAUAUCGCGGUUCAUGAUCGCACCCCUCGACGUGGUCAAGAUACGGCUGCAACUACAAUCACACUCGCCAUCGGACGCUCUACCACACAAGAAGCAAGGCCCGCCCACCGCCAGCUCGCCGGUAUACAAGGGGACGCUGCGAACACUACGACUCAUUGUCGCUAAUGAAGGCAUCACGGGCCUGUGGAAGGGCAACGUCCCCGCCGAGAUGAUGUACGUCUCGUACGCGGCGCUGCAGUUCACGACGUACCGCUCGACGACCGUGUUCCUGCACCAGACGAUAGGCGAGGGCAAGCUCCCGCACGCCGCCGAGUCGUUCCUCAGCGGCGCGGCGGCCGGCGCCACAGCCACCGCGGCUACGUACCCGCUGGACCUGCUGCGCACACGCUUCGCCGCGCAGGGCAACGACCGGGUGUACACGUCGCUGCGCCGGGCCGUGGCCGACAUCGGGCGCGACGAGGGGUUCCGCGGGUUCUUCCGGGGGCUGGUGCCCGGGCUGGCGCAGAUCGUGCCCUUCAUGGGCGUCUUCUUCGCCGUGUACGAGACGGCGCGCCUGCCGCUGGGAACCCUAAAAGCCCUGCCCUGGGGCUCCGGGGACGCGACCGCUGGUGUCUUCGCUAGUAUCGUGGCCAAGACGUGCGUGUUCCCACUCGACCUCGUGCGCAAGCGCAUCCAGGUCCAGGGCCCGACGCGGGGGAGAUAUGUGCACAAGGAUAUCCCCGAGUAUGCCGGCACCGUGCGCAGUAUACGCAGGAUCGUGGCGGCGGAGGGCGUCAGAGGCUUGUAUAGGGGGCUGACGGUUAGUCUGCUCAAGGCGGCGCCGGCGAGCGCCGUUACGAUGUGGACGUAUGAGAGGGCUCUCAACUUUCUGGUUAAGCACGGGGAGGAAGAGUCCGGGGACGCGGCAUAA